CUCGUCUAUUUCAUCCCCUGUUUCUACUGGGAAGUCUAUCACAUCCCCUCCCCUGAACGGCUCUAGAAUCUCUCUCUCUCUCUCUCUCAAAAGGGUUUAACCAUGGCGAAGAACCGGAACUUCCAGGUAUCCGCAACUCCGGCGACGGUGUUGGCGCAUCUGCUGGCUGUAGCGGUGGCGACCCUCGUCCUCGUUUGGCUCCUCAAGCUCCGGGAAGGCGUGGCUUUCUCAUCCGGCAACAAACAGAAGAUUUUCAACCUGCAUCCGCUCCUGAUGGUGAUUGGAUUCAUUCUCAUCGCAGGAGAAGCUAUUAUGGUGCACAAGUCGAUUCCGGCGAAGAGGGAAGCGCUGAAGACGAUUCACCUCAUCCUGCACUUGAUUGCUCUUCUGCUGGGGAUUCUGGGCAUCACUGCGGUCUUCAAGUUCCAUAACGAGCGCCAUAUUCCCAACGUAUACACCUUGCACUCCUGGCUCGGCAUCUCCACCAUCUCCUUGUUCGGUCUGCAGUGGGUGUUUGCUUUCUUCUCUUUUGUAUUCCCGCAAACGAACAGCACCGCAAGGUCCUCCUACCACCCAUGGCACGUCUUCGUCGGGUCCGCCGUCUUCUUCCUCGCCAUCUGCACGGCCGAGGCCGGCCUGGUCGAGAGGUUCAUCUUCUUAGGCCUCCAGAAGGGUCAAGAGGCGCUCGUCGUGAACUUCACCGGCCUCCUGAUCUUCCUGUUCGCCGUCUGCGUCGGCCUCUCCGUCGUUCUUCCCCGCGGCUUCUAGUGAUUGGGUCUUACCCCGGCUUGUGCUUCGAUGUCCGUUUGUAUUGUAGCACUCGUAGUGUCCAAAGUUCAGAAUGCUCUAGGGCAGUGGUUCUUACUUUUGGAUUCUUCGAGAUUGUGCUUUGAUGUCCAUAACAACACUGGCCCAUGUGAUUAGGUGUGUUUUUACUGUACUUAAACCCGUUGAUUUUCCGAGUGAUGUCACUAUUGUUCGAAGCAGAAAAAAAUUUGAUCUUAUGAAAC